CCGUAGUAUGUUAUAUGCACCUCCAAGCUGAAGGUCAACACAUGCUUAUAGAGAGAGGGAGAGAGAGUAAACAAGGGAGGAGACAUGGAGGAGGAAGGCCAUGGCAUCGUCAUUGUCGGCGGCGGCAUCUGCGGCCUCGCCACUGCUCUUGCCCUUCACCGGAAAGGGAUUGCUAGUGUAGUGCUGGAGAAGUCCGAGACCUUACGAUCAGACGGAGCCGCGAUUGGUGUUCACGCCAACGGAUGGAGAGCCCUGGAGCAGCUUGCUAGCUUAUUUCUCUCUACCAUUAUCGCAGCUUGCUUGCAGAGAUCGUGAACAAACUUGCUGCGGCGUUUCAGGAGUCGUGGCGUGUGGAAGGUCACAAAAAAGACUACCCAGGCACCGAUCGGGAAGGAAUUCCGGUGCUUGAGAAGGAAGGAUCUCAUAGAGACCAUGGCGAAGAACAUACCUGCAGGAUCGAUCCGCUUCGGCUGCCACGUGGUCGCGAUCCAGCAGGAUCCUGGUACCCACGGACCCAUUCUUACUACAGUCGACGGCGGCACGAUCAGGGCCAAGGUGCUGAUCGGGUGUGACGGCGGGAGCUCGGCGGUAGCCAGGUACCUCGGGCUGUCGCCGCCGAAAGCCAUCCCCCGCACAGUCUUGCGUGGCUUCACUGCGUAUCCGCAUGGGCAUCCGUUCGGGGCCGAGUUCCUGCGGAUUAGAGGAGGCGGGGAGUUCGUCGUCGGCAGGUUGCCUGUCACCCGCAACCUAGUCCAUUUCUUCGUAACCAUGCCUAAUCCUCCAACAGGAAUAAUGCUCGCCACCAAAGACGUGAGCGCCACGACGACGAAGGAUUUCAUGCUGGAGAAGCUGCGAGAUUGCUGCGCUCCCGAGAUCGUCCAGAUGGUCCAGGACUCGGACCCAGAGUCCCUCAACGUCGUGAACAGCAUCCGGUACCGGUCUCCGUGGCAGGUCGCGCUCGCCGCCUUCCACAGGGGCGCCGUCACGGUCGCCGGCGACGCCAUGCACGCCAUGGGCCCGUUCAUCGGCCAGGGCGGCUCGGCGGCGCUCGAGGACGCCGUCGUGCUCGCCCGCUCGAUGUCACGGGCCAACGCCGCCGGCGGCGGUCACGGUGCCGCGGUUCGGGAGUACGUCCGGGAGAGGAGGCCCAGGGUGGCGCUGCUGUCUCUCGAGAGCUUUGUCGCGGGGACGCUGCUGCGCGCUAGGUCGCUGGUGGGGAAGCUUGCCUGCGUGGCUGUCCUGGCGCUCCUUGGCACCAGGUCGCUUCGGCAUGCCGACUUCGACUGCGGUCGCCUCUAGUCCUCGACCUCGAGGAUGCAUUUCCUUAGCUUGUGGAUCAUGGCAUAUUGGCUUCUGUGCGCCGGACAAGAAAAUUGUGCGACGACAAUAAUUGUCUCCAUCCUUCAUCCCGGAUGAUGUGAUGAAACGAUGCAUCUGUUUCUUUUUUUUCCUUUUCAUUUUUAACUUUUCAUGUUGAGCACUACGCUGAAAGCAAAUGAACGACCCUCAUUGGUCAGUUUGUUUCCGAGAGAAAGGAGUUAGCUAUCUCUGCACCUUACUUAUUCUCAUCUCUUAUUUUAAACUAGUGUUGUCUA